AUGGAGUCGAAGGUCUCCGAAGGCGGCCUGAACGUCACCCUCACCAUCCGGCUGCUGAUGCACGGCAAGGAAGUCGGAAGCAUCAUUGGAAAGAAAGGAGAGACCGUGAAGAAGAUGCGCGAGGAGAGUGGGGCAAGGAUCAACAUCUCGGAGGGAAACUGCCCAGAGCGAAUCGUGACCAUCACCGGCCCCACCGAUGCCAUCUUCAAGGCUUUCGCCAUGAUCGCCUACAAAUUUGAGGAGGACAUAACCAACUCAAUGAGCAACAGCACUGCUACCAGCAAACCUCCGGUGACACUGAGACUGGUCGUGCCGGCUAGUCAGUGCGGCUCGCUGAUCGGCAAAGGAGGCUCCAAGAUCAAGGAAAUCAGGGAGUCAACAGGUGCUCAGGUUCAAGUGGCGGGGGACAUGCUGCCCAACUCCACGGAGCGGGCGGUGACAAUCUCGGGGACACCCGACGCAAUUAUCCAGUGUGUCAAACAGAUCUGUGUGGUGAUGCUGGAGUCCCCACCAAAAGGUGCCACCAUUCCCUACCGCCCAAAGCCCGCCUCCACCCCUGUCAUUUUUGCAGGUGGUCAGGCCUAUACAAUUCAGGGACAAUACGCUAUUCCACACCCGGAUCAGUUGACCAAGCUCCACCAGUUGGCUAUGCAGCAAACCCCCUUUACUCCCCUUGGACAGACCACCCCCGCUUUCCCUG